AUGGGAGGUGAGAUGGUGUCCGAGUCGUGGUUCGGUAGUUUGAGGUUCUCAUGGAAUCGUGUGGUGGAGGUUGAGAAGCCAGUGGUUGGGAUUCUGGCGUUUGAAGUUGCGGGGUUGAUGUUAAAGAUGGUGAAUUUAUGGAAUAUUGUGGGUGAAAAGGAGAUGCUUAGGUUGAGGGAAGAGAUUGUUAACUCACCUGGGAUGAGAAGGCUCGUGGCUGACGACGAUGGUUAUUUGAUGGAACUUGCACUGAAUGAGAUAAUUGAGAAUUUGGGGUAUCUUGCCAUGUCAGUGGUCAGGCUUGGUAAGAGGUGCACUGACCCUGUUUAUCAUCGUUUUGAAGAAUUUUUUGAUGACCCUCUUGAGAAUGGUUUCCAAUGGCUUGGGUGGGAGUACAGGUGGAAGAAAAUGGAGAGGAAAGUGAAGAAAAUGGAGAGAUUUGUUGAGGCCACAAUGCAAUUGUCUCAGGAGCUAGAAGUGCUGGCAGAGCUUGAGCAAACUCUGAGGAGAAUGCAGGCUAAUCCUCGGUUAAAUCAGGUCAAAUUGCUCGAGUUUCAACAGAAGGUAAUGUGGCAGCGUCAAGUUGUGAAAAAUCUACAAGAGAUGUCUCCAUGGAGUAGAACUUAUGAUUACACUGUCCGACUUCUGGCUAGAUCCCUGUUUACUAUUUUAGAGAGGAUCAAGCUGGUCUUUGGAUAUGAUCAAAUGGAUUCUGGAGAGGGAAACAAUAAUUCUGAAAUUACCAAUUCUGCUCGUCUAUCUCGCAGUCAUUCGUUUUCUGCUCUUAUGCACUCUUCUGUUCAUCCAUCUGAUGGUAAUCAUUGUGGGUUCUAUUCAGGACCUCUUGGGAGGUCGCUUACAAAGCCAAGGCUUAUUGCUAGUAGUAAGAAUAAAACAAACAAACAGCGGCAAGCUCAUCAUCAGUCAUCCAUCCAACAUGGAAAUUAUUCUCAGUUAAAAGCCAAAAGUUUUGCUCAUGUUGGACCUUUUAAAGGAUGCAUGACGGGUGGAAGUGAAUCUCCUGUUUUCCAGAGCUGCAAGCCAGAAAUUGGUGGUUCUAUGAGGUUGAGAAGUACCCAUAUGAAACAUUGUGAGAAGUACACACAUAUGGGAUCUCAAUCUUUCAGCCACAGUAUCUAUUCUAAAUUAUCCCUGUUUAGUUCAAAAUGUACACUGUUGACUGCCUCGCCGUCUACCCUUGGUGAUGCUGCUCUGGCUCUCCAUUAUGCAAAUGUGAUUGUUUUGAUUGAAAAUAUAGCUUCAUCACCUCACUUGAUCAGCCUUGACGCAAGAUAUGAUCUAUACAAUAUGUUAACCGCAACUAUAAGAACUACUCUGAGAGCUAGACUAAAGUCAUAUGCCAAAACUAUGGGCACUUCUGUCUAUGAUCCUGCCCUUGCAGGAGAGUGGAGUCUGGCACUGGAGCAGAUACUGGAAUGGCUUGCUCCCCUCGCCCAUAACAUGGUGCGGUGGCAUUCUGAGCGAAAUUUUGUGAAGCAGCAGGAAGUUUCCAAGACAAAUGUGCUUCUGGUACAGACCCUCCACUUUGCAAAUCAGGCUAAAACCGAAGCUGCAAUUGUGGAGCUUCUUAUAGGUCUGAACUAUAUGUGCAUGAUUGAUGAGCAUAAUAGGAAGGCUUUGCGAGAUGCUGGUGGCAACAGACCGUAUGAUGAUUAUAUGCUCAAAAGGGAUGAAAUUGCUUAA